UGUCCAGGCACAGCCGACAUGACGUAUUCCUCUCGUUCUCGCGAUAUCCGAAGUCGGCGUCGUUGCCAUGGACACAACUGUCGCGGUACAAGAAACCAUUUGCGGACUUUUCGCCAGAUUCAAAACAGCUUCUGUUCUAAACGAAGGCGGUAUUUAAUCUCAAGGCAGACGCAUCACAGAUGGACUAUGCACAUGGAGUUCAGGUUCAGGAAAAUGGAAAACAGCAAAUGGACAAAAUGAAAGCAAAUCCUGACUUUCUCAAUGAGCAUUUGGACUUGGUGAGCCAAUGCGCUGCAGCGGUCAACAUAUCAGACAGGAGACUCGAACAGGAUGAGCGUCCGCGCUUGUUGGACCAGUUGAGGGAGCUGACGGAUGUCAAUGCUCGCCUCUUCAAACUGUUGAGCGAAAAAGAAUUUGAGAUCAAGCACAUGAAGAAAAAAUGGGAAGAUGAGCGGGAGUUUCUCAAGGCUGGUGUGUCAAGCGAUGCAGCCGCCGCCAAGAUCGUGGAGUUGUCCAGAAAGAAUCGAGAACUGACUGUUGAAGUGGAACGAGAAAGAACAAAAUGCAAACAAAACAGUAAUAGAAUCAAAGCACUCGAGAAUGACCUAGAGGCUGCUGUGCGCUCAGGACCAGGUCAAAAGGUUGAUGCAAAAUUGCAGGAAAGCUCGACUGUGAGGUCAAGUUCACUCCAUAACAACCCAGAGGUGAAGUCCCUGAAGGACAAAUUAUCCGCUGCCCAGCUGAAAGUGACAGAGUAUCGCAACCAAGUUCAGUUUCUCAAGCAGGAGUUAAAAGUGGCUCAGAAGGUUCUCGUCAGCGAGGUUGGGGAAGACGUCAACGUUCAGCAGUUGCUGAGCUGUGCGGGAAGCUUUAGGGGACGAGCGCAGCACAUACUGGCUCUUCAAUUAAGGGUGCGUGACCUGCAGAACCAGCUGAGGUCACCUCCAUCAUACAUGCUGAACAUGGACGAAGAAGAACCAUCAUGCCGUUCUACUAAAAGUCCAGGCCGACACGUUGGUUAUAGCCGUAGCGCUGAGAAGGAAAAGAGGGAGGCUUUUCAGAGGCUCUCAGAUAGCUAUGAAGCCUUGCUGCGAGACUGUGACCAGGUGAGGAAAGAGCUGGAAAGCUCCAAAGUGAGGAACAAAUGUCUGUCUGCUGACAUAAAGACCUUGAAAGCGCAGAAUUCCUCCCUGCUGCUGAAGAGCAAACACGACGACGAGCUUGUGGAUGCUAUAUUGAAGGAGAAGAGUCGCAUGCUGGAGCUGCUCAGUCAGCUCAGCAGGCAGAACGCACCAAGCCAGCCCAGCUCGGGACCGUCACUCAGCAGCGAGCUCUCCGCACAGAAGACGCUCAUCCAGAACUUGUACCAAGUGGUCGCUGACAAAGAGGGAACUAUUAAAGAAUUAGAGGAAAAAAUCAAGCAGCUCUCUAGUGACCACUUCUAGAAAAAACAUUUAAUCAUAGCCUAAGUCUAAAAAGAUGGUUUUAGAAAAACAUUGUGAUUUCAAUUUCUAAGCUUGUCUUAAAAAAAUACCCUAAACUACCACAAAAGAAAUGCUAUUAUACCAUUCUAUUACUAUAUACAUGUCAAUGUAAAUACCUUUUUUUUUCUUAACUUUUUUUUUUUUAAUCAUGUGACAGGCAGGACAAUUCCGUGCCCUUCCACUUGCCAUGACAACAUACAAUUACUACUAUGCACGUCACUUUUGUUUGAUAGUGAGAUUUUUCGAACGUAAAAUAUAUGCUUUGCUGAAUACACAUCCAUAGCAUUUUCAAAUAAAAUCGAAAAUGUACAU